AUGGAAAAAGAAACCUUACCUGAAGUAGCAUCGUCUUCACACGUACGCGAUGAUGAUCCAUUAGCGAAUAAUAAUUUUUUAGCCAUACAGCGUCAAAUUCUGAAGGGUAUAAAAUUCAAAGUAUCGACAAAUGUUGAUGAAAAUCAAGGAGGAUUUCAUUUAAGUUCUUUGUCCAAACAGCAAAUUUCCGACAAUAUUCGUGAAGAGAAAAUUAACAAAUUAUCUGUAGAGUUACGGGAAUGUGUGGCAAAGAAAAAACGAGAAUUUGAAAAGAGUUAUCGAAAUGAUUGUGAAACAUUUGGAUUUGUUACUCAAAAACUUGUUGAAAAGGAUAAAACUUUGGAGGAUCGUUUGAAAGUUGCUCUUUUGGAAACUAUGAAAGAUUUGCAAAGUGAUACAAUGAAGAAAUUUGAUGAAUUUCUUGAUCAAAUUUAUGGUUUCAAUUGCAAUUAA